UGUCGUUGGAGCAAAUGGACGGCGACGACUGGACGCCCAAAGAAGAUGAGGUGGCGCCGGCAUCCAACACCGCCGCCUUCUUGACCGAGACAGACGUGCCGCAUGCCACGUCCGAGCAGCGCCGGAUGGCCAUUUCGCUGCCGCCGGACGACGACGAGAACAAUUCUGGUGGCGAGAGCGACGAUGGGAAAGGCGGCAGGUACCGCGCCAUGAUCCAGCGUGCGGCCAAGCGAACGAUCAUGAUGGUGCGUGCGAGGACGGCGUCGCAGUCGCUCGAGCGCAUCACGGUGCGCUUCUCGCCGAGCCAGCCGACAGAGCUGCCACGCAGCGUGCAGCUGCCGCUCCUCAAGCAAAAGGUGCUUGCCCACAACAACCUCGACGCGUCGUCCAAGACCGCACGGCUCUUCAAGCACCUCUUCCAGACCUCGGCCGAGCUCGAAGCGAUCGUCAAAGACGUGUUUUGGUUCUUUAUCGCGCACGAAUUUCAGAACGGACAACAUUCAACGCUCGAGUCGGACUUUACCGCGCGGAUCGCAGACAACUACACCAACCUUUUCUUGCGGCUGCAAGUUGACCCGUCCACGCGCGACUCGAAUGUGCUGGCGCGGUUGCCCGACAUCCUCGCGCAGCUCGUCUUUUUGGCGCUGCAUGAAGCGUGUCCGAUGUCGCGCUACCUCCUCAACCGCGACGUCCAAGCACGCCUCGUUCGACGCUGUUUUUCCUGGUUUGUGGGCUUUGAACCCAAGCAGCUGCAACUCGACCACUGGAUGCCCGAGCUCUCCAAGCACGCGCAGCGGAAGUCAGCGGCGCUCACCGACUUUCCUGCCCUUCGCAACCGCGUGCGCCGGUCCGAGCGCCUCGAACGCAUUCGCGCCGGUGACGCCGAGCCCGCCGCGUCGACAACGUCAUCGAUUGUCGUGGACGACGAAAAGAACGGGAUCGGCUUCCAAGGACCCACUUGCACACGUAUACAAAGGAGCGCGCGGUCUACUCCCUGCGCAACUCGCCACUGAUCGGAAGCUUCCUGGCGCGCCACGGCCUCGAGAACAACGCGACGUGCUUGGCUGUCGACCUGCAUCUCACGACGACGACCCCGCAAGACGCCUUGCUCAAGACCCACGGCCCGCGCCAGCACCGGCGCGCAGUCCUCGACGCCGUCUCGUACACGGAGCUCGUGUCCAAGUUUGAGGCGUACGGACGCCAUCUCAAGGCCACGUACUCGGACGAGCGCGCAAAGGCGGACGCAGCCAACCGCGCGGAUGUCAAGGUCACCGUAGCGGCGCACAAGAACCUUGCCGCGCAGUACGCCUACGUUGCGAGCCAAGAAAAGGGCAUCCAUGAGCUCAGCAACGUGCUCGUGUGCCACGCCCAGCUCGAGGCCAAGCAUCCGAUUGCACGUCCGACCAAACCCUCGGCGCGCCCGACACUGUCCCGGCCGCAGCAUCGUAGACCGACGUGAGGCCGUCACUCGUCGAAUCGUAGGUAGUACAUUUUUAGAGUCGUUGAAGCCCCUUCUUUUUGGCCAA